GAAAAAAAAAAUUUCGAUACAAAAAAACUAAAAUGAAGCUUAUUUUCUUUUUACUCCUCUUGACUUUCUUUGCCGCCGUUACUAAUUCCGAACUAUUUGCUGCAGAUAGAAGUGCUUCGGUUACAGUAAUUAAUAAAAGUAAAAUUAAAUUAUGGCUCUCAUCUUACGAAUUAAAAAAAGGGGCAUGGGAAACAUACCCACCAGUAAGCAUACAUCCUUGGAGUAAGGGCCAAUGGAAAAGCAAAUCCGAUAGUAUCCUGACCGGGACAGAAGGCGGAACAACUUAUGAAAGUGUUCAUGGCAAUUUUGGUUUUUAUUGGUAUGUUCCCUAUUAUGGUGCUAAUCUCUAUAAUUCUAGUUGUCCAGAGAAGUAUGAAUGUAGUUGCUCGGGGGGAGAUGGUAGUAAUGCGGAAGUAACGUUUACUGUUAGAAAAAUUUAGAAAUCAAUAUAUGUUUUCUUUUUCUUUGGAUACAGAAUAUGUUCUAGUUAUAUAUCUUAUAUUCAAUAAAGCUGUAUUUUACCCGA